AUGUUCAGCUACGUCAACGAGUUACUCUCAUCAGUGGUGAAUCUCUCAUCAGCAGAGUCUGUUAUGCCGGAAUCAACUCCUGCAAUCGUUAAUGCAGCCAAUUCACUGAUAAAAGAUACCUUUGAUGAUGAUCAAAUAGAAAUGGAAAGGAAGGGAAGAAGAUUACAAGAGUGGACUUGUUUGCACUUGUGUAAUUUUCUCUAUCGUUCGGAGAGUGGUGAAGAGUUAUUGUUUGUGAUUAGGAAUUUAAUGAAGGCUGAUGUUCAGGUGAAGGAAAUUUAUUCAGCUAUUCAUGAUGAAGAGGAAAAGAAUAGAUUGAUGGAUUUGGUGGGUGGAACCAGAAGUGAAAUUGAAUUGGUUUUGAAAUUGGUAGGAAAGGAAAUUGAUAGAAUUAAUGAAUUGUUAUUGUAA